AUGGUCGCUUCAGCUACUUCUUUGGUUUUCGAUGAUCUUAAAAAAGGUUUUAAUAAGAAUGAAGUUCUUGCUAGAGUGGUUCACUUUUGGGAAGCGCGUAGCAUCAACAAGGGUGGUUUGCUUAUGGGCUUCGAAUUAUUUCUUAUUGACCAAAAGGGAACAACAAUUCAUGCCUUCAUACCAGCUAAUCGAAUAGCAUGCUAUGAAGAGGAUUUAAAGGCUGGUGUAAUCUAUAAGAUUAAGAAGUUCUUGGUCAUCGACAACAAAACAAGUUACAAAGUGACAUCUCACAAGUUCUUAAUUCAAUUCACUCAACAAACAGUUCUUGCACCCACAGAUCAUGCUGGCCAUGAUAUUGAGAGGCAAAACUUUAGGAUUCGUUCUUAUGCUGAGUUCAAUGAAGCGGUCAACAAGAACGAAGAUCUAUAUGAUGCCCUUGGAAAGCCGGUUCUCAUCAACGAUGAGAACUUCAACAAUGGUGUGACUAAUAAGAGAAUAGACAUUCACAUGCAAUUAAAAGAUGGGCCUAUUGUUCGUGUAACACUUUGGGGUAACGUUGCUGACAAUUUUCAAAAGAAACUGAUGGAAAGUGUUGACAAACCUAUGGUGCUUCUCGCUACAACAAUGAACCCAAAAACAUUUAGAGACGUAUUUUGUUUGUCCUCCACUUCUUCCACAAGGAUUUUUUUCGACAAUGAUAUUGAACCAACUACUAACUACUUGACAUGGCUGAGAGAAAACGGGAAAGACUCCGAAGUUACAACAUCAGAGGUCACAAAGCCAGAAACUGUUACACUUUCUGAGCUUCAUCAAUUCCUCCAAAAUGACACUCCACCGACAGGCACCUUUUGUUGUUUUGCUACUAUCGUGGACAUUUUGCCUCAAUAUGGCUGGUAUCGUGUUGAGCUAACUGUUUGUGACAAAGAAAAUGUCGCCACUUUUGUAAUCUUUGACAAGGACACUGCUAAACUAGCUGGUAGGAAAGCUGCAGAAAUUUUGGAAGAUGCACAGGAUGGUGAGAAUGGUGUUAUUGACAUUCAUAAUUCAAUACCAGGAUGUUUGGAAGAAAUUGUAGGCCGUACUUACAAAUUUGAACUCAAAUUUACACCAUUUAAUUUUACUACUCCUACCCGUCAGACAUUUACUGUUACACAAAUCCUGGAAGAAGAAAACAAUGAAGUGGAUAACGAAACAGAUCCUCUAGAUGAUGUCGAAGGAUGCAAAGAAGACCAUGACGAAGACGACAGUGAAGCUCUUGACAUCCAACAUAAAGACAAACGUCUUCGCCAUGAAUGA